ACACACUCUCAGUUCCUCGUUUUCUGGCAUGGUUAGCAGUGCUAGUAUCGUUUUGGAUAGCAACAACAUUUGGGGAAAAGAAGGAAGACAGAGAGAAAGAGAGACGUGCUCCAAGUAUCCUUCUGAUCUUACCAUCUCCACAUUCAACAGUGCUUAUGUCCGAGUAAAUCAGGCUGUGCUAUACUACAAACAACAUCGCUGCCUCGUCCGUCUGACGUCUUCUGUGUGUUCUGGGGCGGGCCGGCGUACUCUAGCACCAACAUGUCGGACCCCGACAAGAAACAAGAGAUCCAGUGCGUGUGUGACCCACCCACUUGUAGCCAGGCUAACCACUGCAAUACCACGGGAAAGUGCUAUGCGUACGAGGACCCCAUCACCAAACAUGUGGUGCGGAACUGCUUCCUGGAGGACCAGUCGGCCCUCAACUGCAAGUCCAAGAUGUCCAAGUACAGCGCCUUCAAGUGCUGCGACACCAACCUGUGCAACCAACACCUACAACCUACGCUGCCCUCCGUCGUCGGGGGAGAGGGAGGAGACGAUACUCUGGACUCAACAUCCAUCAUCAUUGCAUCUGCAGCCGGUGUCUUACUCUUAUGUGUUGUCGUGUUCUUCAUCAUUGUGUUGAUCCAGCGACACUUGCGCAAGCGCAGAGAGCGCAGCCUUUUCAUGGCUCCCGAGGCCAGACUUCUGGAGGAAGACUUGUCAGGGAAAGGCUACCAGGAUCAAUGGUCAGCUGGCAGUGGUUCCGGUCGGCCAACACUGGUGCGUCGGACAGUAGGCCAACACAUCACCUACAAGGAGAGGAUAGGUAAGGGUCGGUUUGGUGCUGUGUGGCGCGGCGUCUGGCUUGACGAAGAUGUGGCAGUAAAAGUCUUCACCUCCCUGGAGGAGACCAGCUGGAACCAGGAGACGGAGAUCUACAACACGGGGAUGCUGCGACACGAGAACAUCCUGGGCUACUACGCCUCCGACACGGUGGGCAUGAACUCCUGUACGCACAAUCUACUCAUAGUGCACUAUCACGAGAACGGCUCCCUUUACGAUUACCUGCAGUGCAGCGAUAUUGACAUGGAGGAGAUGCUGAUCCUUGCACACUCAGCCUCAGCGGGCUUGGCACAUCUACACACGGAGAUCAAGGAGGGCACUGGGAGACACGGGAAGCCAGCUAUAGCGCACAGAGACAUAAAGACGAAAAAUAUCCUGGUGAAGUCCAAUGGCCAGUGCUGUAUUGGGGACCUGGGUCAUGCAGUGCGUGGUGAUGUCAAGUUGGAUGCUGCCCCUGAGAAACUGCUUGUGGGCACCAAACGCUACAUGGCGCCUGAGGUUCUUAACAAGGAGCUGAAGCCUGAUUUCUUUGAGUCCUUCAAGUAUGUGGAUGUCUACGCUUUUGGCCUGGUCAUGUGGGAGAUUGCGCGGAGAGCAAGGCCUUUUGCGGAAGAGUACCGGGUGCCGUUCUGGGACGUGGUGCAGGCUGACCCCAGCUUUGAGGAGAUGAGGCAGGUGGUGGGCGUCCAACAACAGAGGCCCCCGAUACCGAACAAAUGGUCCAAGGAACCACUGAUGUGCGAGACAGCGAAGCUGAUGCGGGAAUGCUGGGCACAGAACCCCAAGGUUCGGCUGACCAUCCUGAGGGUGAAGAAGAACCUGUACUCUAUGCUGAAGUCGACGAGCCGAGAACAUGCGGAGAAGGUGGAGAAACUCUCGCCUAAGAUCCUGGACAGCAGCAGCAGUGCUAGCAGCUCACGGAACAACUCAGUCAACACAAACUGCAGCUGAGGGGGAUUCUUUCUCUCUCUCUUUCUUUCUUUCUUUCUUUCUCUCUCUCUCUCACACGUCGUGAGAACAGUGUGGCAUGUGUUGUUUCGCUCCUGUGAUGGGCUCCAUUCUAUACACAGAUUAACUUGUGAUAGAGGAAGACGUAGAUCUGAGUUGAAAAGCGUUGGGGUCGCCUGGAGUGUUGCUUGUUGAGUGCUGCUCUGUUGCCAUUGGAAAACACCAUGUCCAUUUUUCUAAUGUGGAGAUGAGGGAAGAAUUCGAAUGGGAGAGGAAGGUAUUGGAAUAAUUGACUCAAGCGUGUUGUUGUCUUUGCUUGUGGAGGAGGAGGUGAUGCAUAGUGAGUUGACAAAUACACAUAGCUUCUGAACAGACUGAAGAGAAUCAUACUAGUACCUGGUGAGAAAACCGACUUUGUUGGGUUGUUGGAAAAGAGCAGGUCAACAGAUACGGGAAAGGGAAUGUAAGUGAAUGCUCAGAGCUCAAAACCCCUGUGGUUGUGUGUUCGAGCUGCCCGUACGUGGGAGAAGGGGAAGUGGAGCUUGUUGGUCUGGAACUUUAUGAGAUGGAGGAAAUGUGUUUCCAUUAUUAUAGAAUCACAGUGUUGCUUUCUGUUGGAGACCUUCUACAAUGGGACGUAGAAAUUCUGAGAGAAGAUGUGGAUAACUCAGAUGGGCGAAACGAACAUAUUGAUUGGCAGCGGUUUACCGUGGACUGCUGUUGAGAACUCUCUAAACGUUUCCUAACGGAGACCCCCUGUGUUUCACUUUGCCCUUUCUUUUCUCAGACUCAGUGUGAUGAACCUUGAACUUUGACCUGUGAGACAUUAGGAAUGUUGUUUUUCUUUGUGUGGAAAAGUGUAAUGGUUAGUGACUUUGUUUGGAAAUGAGCAGAAUGUGGGGAGUGGUCAGGGCAAGAAUUGAGACUGUUUGCACAGAGUACACUGAAAAAUUGUAUGUGCUCAGAGGAUAUGUGAGAUGAUAAGCAAAUUGAGGGGCUGAAUUGUGAGAGGAUUAGCAAAUUGAGUGGCUGAAAUGUGAGAUGAUUAGCAAAUUUAAUGGCUGACAAUACUGAAAGCUCAGGUUUUAUCUUGUGGUGUCUGUCAUGUGACGCACAGUACAGUGGUACCUUCUAUCACUAAAAUCUGAGGAGUGGAAGUCUGCAGAUAUAGUUAUGGAUAUGUGUGUGUGUGUGUUUGUGUAUUGUGUGUGUGUGUGUGUGUGUGUGUGUGCAUGCGCAUGUGCAGCAGAGAGAGAUAAGUGGUCAGAGAGACAGGUAGACAGACUGACAAAUUGAGAGAGAAGAAAGAGAAAGGAAAAGUGAAAACAUGACAGUACACUUGUGUUAACCCAUACUUGCCUUUCAUAAAACUUCUGUUGGCAUGUAGGCUACUGCCUCCAAUCUAUUUGCCAUUGCCCUGCACAAAUCAAACAUCCCUCGCCCAACACAAUUUAUGGCCCAACUAAAUAACACUUUCUCCCUCCCUUUCUCUUUUCCCACCAUUUGUGCAUUCAAUUAAGCAUGUGUUACACUACUAAUGGGCCAAUUGUUAAUCAAAUGCAAAAAUACAUAGAUGAAGGAUGGAAUACUUUUAAGUAGUCACAGUUCGGUUUGUGUGUCACCCCUUCACCCAAAAACAACCACGGCUACGCAUACACUAAUAACCUCUCUCUCUCUCUCUCUCUCUCUCUCUCUCUCUCUCUCCUCUUUCAGUUGGUAUUUCACUUUGUCUACCUUGCUGUUUGGUUUUAGUUUUAUAAGUGAAAGUGCGGAAGAAAGUUGUGUUUUUUCGUCCCUAGUGCCAAACUGAGAUUUUUAAAAAGUUGGGACUUUUUAUGAUAUUGGGGACAUGGUUUAUGUGCAGAGAUUCAUGAACUAAUGCCAUGGCAUCAGUCAAUUUACUUCUGAUUGUCUGUCUGUCUCUCUUUCCCUUUCAGCAGUUGUGAAUCCUUCUAUUGUACAUGAUGUGUGGCUUUAUUGUUCCUUACGUUGUUUGAUUCUCUCUCUGAACUCAUCAGCAUUGUGUAAAGUUUUCAUUAUUGUAAAAGAAAUACCAGCAGCAUAUUCUGAUAAACCGACUGUUCAUAAGCAAAUUGUGGACCUGAUAUUUAGUGGCUUUUUGUUCACAAUGUUCUUUAGAUAGACGGAGAAGAGCUUUGUAUGCACAGCACGUUAGAAGAGUUUACAAAAGAUAAUUAUUUCUAUUUUAAUGUUUUCCUUUUAACUAGUAGCUGUAGCCCCUUUUGCUCAUUGUUUUUUUUAACCUAGCAGGAAAUUGCGAUGUGACUUGGACUGUUCUCCAGAAGAUUAAAUCUUCAAAAUGUAUAUGUAGAAGACUGGCAGUUAAAUGAUCACCUAAUAUCAGUGAAUGAGCUUGCUCAGGACAGCUAAAUGUGAAGUCUAGAGAUUUUUCUUUCUUAGCUAGAAUAUGACUAGAAAGACCAUUUGCAAAAUUUCCAGCCACUUGGCAAGCAGUACAGGUCCCUGGGUAGGCUACUUGUCUAUUGAAAUUUGUUGUUGUUGUAAAACACCUUUUUUUUAGCUGCAUGAUGAGGGAUAAGGUUCCUCUUUUAUUUGGUAUCUUUAUAAUAGUAUCUAGUGAGAAAGUAACAGGGACACUGGAAAUGUUACCGUAGUAGAGUUGUAAUUGUAAACCUUGAUGGCUUGAUGGCAAAUUAAGAUGUGUACCUCUGUCUUUUGAUGCUCUUACUCUUAGACUGAGACUGUAUCUGGUUAGCUGUCUCUCUGGUCAGCUUGUAAUGAAAAUGGCGUUUCAAUCACCCCGGUGCAGCUGAAUAGAUUGACAUAACACAGACUACACCUCUUGCUGCUCUAAUCUGUGCCGCAUAACAUACAUUUAUUUUUCUAAAGUAGUACAGUAUUCGCAGGUCUUUUUCACAAAUAAAUAGUGGACAUAGGCUUGAUAGAUAAGGACAGCACCUCAAAGAGAUGAUAUGACACUCAGUAAAUCAAGUUGUGAGGCUGUUUCUAUUUUGCAAACAUUGUUUGAUGUAUUACAGAUGAUUAUAUUUUGUGUCUGCCUUCAUUUGAUUUGAGUAAGAUUAAAAAAUAAAAGAAAAA